CACUUACAGCCAUCCAUGAGUGUAACCAACUCCUCUGCCUAUCGAUCGGAGCGUAGUUUCCACCAGACUUCAUCCUCAACUACGUCCUCUGGUAACCCAUACAUGGAGAAGAGCCGGGGACUAUUUGCUGAGGACUUUGGCUCGUUCAUGAGGCCUGGGAGCGACUCCUUGGGUUUUUCCAGUGGAGCUGGAAAUAUCAAGACUCUUGACGAUUCGUACCAGUUCACAGUUGACGUGCGAGAUUUCUCCCCUGAAGACAUCAUCGUCACCACAUCCAACAACCAGAUAGAAGUCCGUGCGGAAAAGUUGGCCCAGGACGGUUCAGUGAUGAACACUUUCACCCACAAGUGCCAGCUACCCGAGGACGUGGAUCCCACCUCAGUGACAUCAUCAUUGGGCACCGAGGGGACCCUCACGGUCCGGGCACGGCGAAAUCCAGCCAAGCAUGAGCUCGUACAGACCUUCCGCACCGAGAUCAAAAUCUAGAGAUGGUCCGAUCCGUCACUUCCUGUGAUUUCAUACCAUUUCCUGUGCUUCUUAUCCUCACUGUCAUCAUUCAGUUUUACUUCAAACACUCAGAGAGCUGACACUGUGCUCUGUGUGACACAAUGCCACUCUGUUGCUGCUCAUUUAUGUGUGUGAGUUAGCUCAUCCCGCACAUACACAACGGGACAUACACAUUAAUUUAAGGAGACACAAGGGCUUGGAGCACCAUUUUGCACAAAGAUGUAGACACACAACCCAUCAGUUAACUUCUCCCCUACCCCUCCCAGUGUUAUUCUAAAACUUACCAGUCACUUCUAAAGAUGAUAAGUUAUUGUAUAAUAUUAUUUGUGUGAAUAAAAUGAUACUGCUUUGACAAUAA